UGUCCUGUAGGUGGAUGCUGAAAUGCAAAUAUUAGUAAAGUUUCGCGAGCAUGCUUUGGUAGUAUGUUAGAGAUAUCUCGGCGUUCAUUAACACGAGGGAGCCGAGUAUACUGGUGACACAGGAAGAAAUGUAGGGUUUAUAUAAGGUAGAGGGUGUCGCUGGUAUACCUACUCGAAAGCAUCAACUUCCUUUUGACAAACAACAGACCAGUCGACUUCUUUCCAGAGCAUCAACUUAUUCAACAUGCUCAGCACAAUCAUUCCCCUGGCUCUUGCCCUCGUGGGUCAAGUUGCUGGCCAGACCGUAUACUUGACCGGAGACUCGACCACAGCUCCUGGAGGUGGUGGUAAAGGCACAGAAGGCUGGGGCCAAUACUUGCACUACUCGAUGAAGAUCCCGGUCGUCAACAAGGCCUUUGCUGGACGUUCUGCUCGCAGCUUUACUCGUGAAGGUCGUUUUGACGAGGUUGGCAAACUCAUUACAAAGGGAGACUUUGUGGUCAUCGAGUUCGGUCACAACGAUGGAGCCAGCUCACCUGACAAUGGCCGUUCCGAUUGCCCCGGCAGUGGCACCGAGACUUGCCAAUACACCUACAACGGUGUCACCGAGACCGUCCACACCUUCCCCUACUACCUCGAGCAAGCAGCAAAAUCCUACGUAGCAAAGGGCGCCCACGUAAUAAUCUCCUCCCAAACCCCCAACAACCCCGACGAAUCCGGCGUCUUCGUCUCCACCCCUCCCCGCUUCGUCGCCCUAGCAAAGACCGCCGCCACAAAUGCAAAGGUGGAUUAUGUCGAUCACAACGCUUAUUCUUUCGCUGCGUACAAGCCUUUGCCCGUGUCGACUGUCAACAGCUAUUUCCCUAAUGAUCAUACGCAUACGGCGCCCAAGGGUGCGGAUUUGGUUGCUCAGGCUUUUGUUAGGGGACUGGUUUGUGGUGGAUCGUUGUUGAGCAAUUAUGUCAAGAAUGCUACUGCUUCGAUUGAGGGAUCUUGUUUGUAA